CUGCUCUGCGCUGGGAUGUUGACGACAGGCUUCUUCCUGGGGCAGCCACGCCGGGAGCGGGAUUGCCAGAUGCUGUUAAACCAGCUGAAAGAGAUCACGGGAAUUCAAGACUCGGCUUUCCUUCAUGCAGCUCUGAAGGCUGCAAAUGGAGACCUGAUGGAAGCCGUCGCCUUCCUGACGGAGGAGCACGCUCAGGCGCCGGCUCGGGACACGGCUGCGGCAGAGCCCUCCAAGUGGGAAGGCAGCGCUGUGGGCAAACAGCUCCGCCCGCGUGUUACUGCUGCCCUUAGCCCGAGCAGCCCCGAGGACCGGCGCCCGGUCAACGCCUUCACGCCACGGGAAUCCCCACAAGCUCAGCCUGCAGAGAGGGAUGCUGCUGAGAGGCCACAGGAAGCACAUUCUGCUGAGUACAAAAAUCGCUCCAAGAGGAAACGCUGCGAAGUCUGGGGAGAGAACCCCAAGCAGAAUGACUGGAGAAGAGUGGGCGACUGGCCUGUUGGAAUGAAAAAUAUUGGAAAUACCUGUUGGUUUAGUGCUGUCAUACAGUCUCUGUUUCAGUUGCCAGAAUUCCGGAGGCUGGUCCUUGGGUACUCCCUCCCACAGACAGUGCUUGAAAGUUGUCGCAGUCGCACUGGAAAAAGAAACAUUGCAUUCAUGCAAGAACUUCAGUGUCUGUUUGCUUUAAUGCUGGGGACGCGUCGUAAGUUUGUAGACCCUUCUGCAGCAGUGGAACUCUUGAGGGAUGCGUUUAGAUCCGCUGAAGAACAGCAGCAAGAUGUGAGUGAAUUUACACACAAACUACUGGACUGGCUGGAGGAUGCGUUCCAACUGGCAGUGAAUGUCAAGAACCCUGGGGACAAAUCUGAGAAUCCGAUGGUGCAGCUGUUCUACGGGACUUUCUUGACCGAGGGUGUCCAUGAGGGCAAUACUUUCUCCAAGAUCGAAACCUUUGGCCAGUAUCCGCUUCAGGUAAACGGGUAUUGCAACCUGAAUGAGUGCCUGGAAGGAGCCAUGGUGGAGGGAGAGAUGGAUGAGGCGACAGCAUCUCAGUCGGUGAAGUAUGGACAGGAGCGCUGGUUUACAAAACUCCCGCCAGUACUGACCUUUGAACUCUCCCGAUUUGAGUUCAAUCAGUCCCUAGGACAGCCAGAGAAAAUUCACACCAAGCUAGAGUUUCCCCAGACUAUUUAUAUGGACAGGUACCUCUACUGCAGUAAAGAACUUAUUCAGAUGAAGAGAGAAGAAAUUAAGAGAUUGAAGGAGAAAAUGGUGAUUCUGCAGCAGAAACUGGAAAGUUACAUGAAAUACGGCUCCGGCCCCGCGCGCUUCCCGCUGCCCGACAUGCUCCGCUACGUCCUGGAAUUCCUCGCCACGAAGCCGGCGGGGGGGGCUGCUCCCGCGCAGGGCUCGCAGACGCCCCUCCCGCCAUCCCCGGCCAAGCCGCACGUCUUGGAGCUCUCGGAGCCGAAUGGCGUACUAGAAGGGACAGAUACUGGGACUGAAGACGGACCUUGCUUUUUGACAAAUUCUUCGCUGCAGCCAAAGUCUCACCUGGUGCUGCAGGCUUGCAGCUCGCCAGCGGGACCGUCGGAACGUCCAGCUCCUCACAUGGUUUCCGAGGACGAGCUGAACCUGGUUCGGACGUGUCUGCAGCGAUGGAGAAACGAGAUUGAACAAGACGUGCAAGAUCUGAAGGAGUCUAUUGCCAGAAUCACCCUGUCCAUUGAACAAAUGUACUGCGACCCUCUCCUCCAGCAGGUUCCCUACCGUCUGCACGCGGUCCUGGUACACGAGGGGCAAGCGAACGCCGGCCACUACUGGGCCUUCAUCUACGACCAGCCCCGGAAACGCUGGCUCAAGUACAACGACAUCUCGGUGACCGAGUCGUCGUGGGAGGAGCUGGAGAGGGAUUCUUUCGGAGGCUUGAAGAACGCCAGUGCCUACUGCCUGAUGUACAUAAGCGACCAGGUGUCCUGCCUCGCUGCAGACGAGGACGAGGGCUCCGAGGCUGGGCAGUUCCAGAAGGAAGUGGAGGCCUUGCCCCCAGAGCUGAGGCACUACGUCCAGGAGGACAACUGGCGACUCGAGCAGGAGGCAGAGGAGUGGGAGGAGGAGCAGUCCUGCAAGAUUCCUCAGAUGGAGCCUUCACCUGCCUCUGAGUCGCAGGACCUCUCCUCCGAGUCAGGACCAGAUCAGUUGUCAGUCUGUGAGCAGAGCGUGCGCUCCCUGUCCUCCGAGCACGCCCUGAUCGCCAAGGAGCAGACGGCCAAGGCCAUUGCCAACACCGCCGAGGCCUACGAGAAGAACGGUGUGGAGGCCGCUCUCUGCGAGCCCAAGGAGGUAGAACACAUGAAGGCCCAACCAGGAGACAGAGCCCUUACAGUUCAGGCAGAGCCCGCGCAGGACGCUGAGACAGAGGCUGCUGCCCGGGCUAGCUCGCAGGUCUCUGAAGUGGAAAUCCCCAGUGUGGGGAAGAUUCCUGUUAGGUCCGAUGCAGACGGAUAUAACGAGGAGGUGAUGCUGAGCCCAGCCAUGCAAGGUGUCAUCCUGGCUAUUGCCAAAGCCCGCCAGACCUUUGAUCGGGACGGGUCUGAAGCAGGGCUUGUGAAGGCCUUCCACGAGGAGUACUCGCGGCUCUACCUGCUCGCCAAAGAGACCCCGACCCCUCAGAACGACGCCCGCCUGCAGCACGUCCUCGUUUACUUCCUGCAGAACAACGCUCCCCAGCAGGUGGUGGAACGGACCCUGCUGGAGCAGUUCGCAGACAAAAACCUCAGCUACGAUGAGAGGUCAAUCAGCAUUAUGAAGGUGGCGCGAGCAAAGCUGAGGGAAAUCGGCCCCGAUGACGUCGACAUGGAGGAGUACAAGCGGUGGCACGAAGACUACAGCCUGUUCCGGAAGGUGUCGGUGUACCUGCUGACCGGGCUGGAGCUGUACCAGAACAGAAAGUACCACGAGGCGCUCACCUACCUGGUCUACGCCUACCAAAGCAACACCAAGCUGCUGCUGAAGGGCACCAGCAGAGGAGUCAGCAAGUCGCUGAUCGCCCUGUACCGGCGCAAGUGUCUGCUGAAGCUGAACGAGGUGGCAGCGUCUCUGUUCGUUAGCUGUGAGGAAGCUUGUGUGGCAGAGGGCAUUGGCAUCCUGAACGAGCUGAUCAUCCCCUGCAUGCAUCUCAUGAACAAGUUUGAGAUCUCCAAGGAGGACCUGGAUGCCAUCGAGGUGAUGAGAAACCGCUGGUGCUCCUACCUGGGACAAGAGGACAUGGACGCCAAGCUGCAGGAGAAGCUGGGUGAGUUGCUGCCUCGGCUCCUCGACUGCUCCACCGAGGUCAUUGUCCUGAAAGAGCCCCCGAAGAUCCGGCCCAACUCCCCCUACGACCUCUGCAGCCGCUUCGCCGCCGUGAUGGAGUCCAUCCACGGCGCCUCGGCCGUGACGGUGAAGUAG